GCAUGCAGCCUCACAGUGGCUUUUCGAGUGACCCGCCUCUUACAAGUCCGCCCCGCGUUUAUAUCCCGCAAUCCCAGAACUCAUACACACACGUAGUAGGUUCAUACAGACCAGAAUCCAGGCCCGUAUCUAGCCGCUCAGCGAACUUGGGCGUUGGUUUUGAUGCUCCGUCAUUCGACUUGAAUUCGCCUUAGAGCCCUCAAUACGUCACCCCCACUAGAGCAUCCAAUAAAUAGAGCUAGUACAAAGGUUGUCGGGCCCACCGGUAUGAGUCGUGCAAAGACUAUGAUUUCGAAGAAGAAGGCCCCAGUACGGUACUACGACUACAGUGAGCAGUUUCAUCGCGAUGAAUGUCGCGACAAGUAGAGACGAUCGAAACGAGACGUAUACGUCCGAGACAUCGAACAUCGAAGACCUACCAGCUUCACCUGUAGCCCCGCGCGUUACGAACGAUCCGAAGAAACAAGGAGUGGGGAUUUUGACAAGAGGCGAUACCAAGAGUUUGAUUGAGUCCAUGGACAUAUCCAGGAAUGUUGAGUUUACUCGGCCGGAUGGCUUCCUCAACAAGAAGCAAUCUGUGCCCCAUCAACAUGUCAUGGAAGCAGGACAUCCAGGAGAGAGGGAGAACAAUGGAGGCACCACUUCCUUGCAGAAUGAUUUGAGUCUUUAUACUCGAGAACCGUCAUCAGGUGAACGAUCUUCCCACUCUUUCAACAUACCAUCCCGAUCAUCAGAACCCGCAACAUCCACAUCCCCAAAACACGGUAAAGAAUCCAAGUCAUCUUCCAGUAUCAACCAAGAAGAAUACCCGAUAGAUCCAUACCCCCCUUCUUCUCCAGCAGUCCAAGUCGCUGCUGUAUCUCCCCUAUCUGAAGCCACAACCGCGCUCCGCACAGAAGAGCCUCCCAUAGCACGAAGAGUCAGAUUUCUCAUCCUCCAACAGAUUGACUCGCACUCUGUAGUUGGUGAAACCCCAAACCCUACCUUAUCUCAGCAAAACCCCGACAGCACAUCUUCUAGAACCCAAUCACACCCACCCGUAUACUCCCCUUCCCCUCGAGACCACAUUACCUGCUCCUCGACGACCCGUCGCCGAGAGUCUGGUAUGAGCGAUGGCGAACCAACUUCGCAUGCAGCAUGGUAUGGUCAUGCCGCACCAACUUCAGUACCAUUGACGGGUGUUCAAGGCGAUGCCGCAACUCGGCUUCCCUCAAGGUAUCGACGCAGCAGCUCAGACAACGAUAUCGAUACUGCAUUCCCCCCAAUCACACAACUUGCCUCCAGCGCAACACAACCGACUCCAUCAGUCCAGCCCAGAUGCGCCUUUACGCCACUCCCGUUCCAACUGCGACGUCUCCCUCGACGCCAACAAGUCGGGUCAAUCUCAGAGUAAAAAGUGGCCUUGCAUCUACAUCCACUGGCAACGCACCAGUCUCAACAUCUCCGCCAGCUGGCCCCAGAGAGGCAGGAUUUCGCGAUGCGGUGGUCGGAAUAUACUUCGCCGUGGACAAACUGCUCCCAGAGUCGGAAGCGUGUUGCUGUUGUUGUUGCUGCUUUUGAUGAGAAGAUUUGUGCAUACGCCUAGUGAAGGGAGACUUGGCUGUGGAUCCCCGGCCUGUGGCGAGGCUUCCGAGGGCGGUGGUUGAUUAGGUGGAUGAGUAGGAUGAUCUUGCAAGGGAUAGGGUAGGGUGUUAUAGAUGAGAAACAACGAGGAUGGUUGUUUGGGUUGCUUUGGUGAUGGGGUUGAUGCGAAGCAAUGGAGAGAAGUUUCCUUCCCCCCCUUCCAGCAAGCAAUUUUAUUCCAUGAUCAUAUAUCAUUGGGAUAAAUUC